CUUGGAUUUUUGUUUAUGUGCUGAAAAAAGUUACAUCUACAGAAUUGUAAAAUAAAACGUUUGUACAUGGAUGCCAGUUACGCUAUUUUGGACGUGUGAUAUUUUUCCGAGAGUGUAAACAUCUACAAUGACGCAAAUACUGUGUCGCUGGCUCAACGAUGAGCUCAAUCUCUCAAGAAAAGUGGAACUGGACAAUUUUGCUCGAGAAUUUUCCACUGGAUAUCUAGUUGGAGAAGUACUUCACAAAUACCAACUGCAAGAUGACUUUGACCAAUUCUCACAUAGCAAAACCACAGACUCUCGUCUCAACAACUUCACUCGUCUGGAACCCAUUCUACAUCUCUUGGGAGUUCCAUUUGACACAAACCUUGCCCGUGACAUCAUGACUGAGAAGCAUGGCACUGCCACAACACUCAUGUACCAGCUCUAUAUCGCUCUGAACAACAAAACUAAGUCAAAUCUAACUGGCGUUGCUAUUGAGACAAUGAGACCUAGUGCUCCUGUCAAACUGGAAAGUAUGGAGAGACCUAUUUACGUUGAGAGAUUGAAAAAACUUGUACCGCGUCAAACUGAUUUAGAUCUGGAUAACCUUGCUGGGAAGUUCCGUAACAAGAGGAACCAGCAUGAAGAAGUUGAAUUUCGCACUCGUUACGAGGCUGAGGAGAAUCUGAGAAAGUGGCAACAGGACCAAAGGCAACUGGAGCUAGAGAAGGCAAGACAAACUACAAUGAGGAGAACAGAGAUGGUUGCCAGAAUAAAGGCAGCUGCAGUGCAUAUACCCAAACCACCACCAAACCGAACCAUAGCAGCCAUCAGUUUAAGAACAGAACUGAGAAAGAAAAAAGAAGCUAAAGAGACAAUGACACAAAUUAGUAAUUUUGAGAAUAAAUUAAAAAGUGUGGUACCUCCGACAGGAGAUGAAAUGGAGAUAGAUGAAGAUCUUACACAGUAUAUCAUUCAGGAAGCUGAAAGACCAAGAUCUGAACAAAUAGAUCUAAUAAAACCCGCCUCCAAUGAUGAGUACAUCGGCAAGAUUCGCAAACGACUGCAAGAAGACUCUGUUGCUCGGGAGGAAAGAGAGAAGCGUAGAAGGAAAGUGCUGGUUGAUCAGCUGCAGGCACAUGAAGCCCAAGAAGAAGCCAGGCGUGAAGAAAUGCUUGUUAACCGCCUCAUGAGACAGUCCCAGCAGGAAAGACGUAUAGCAGUCCAGCUAUUGCAGGCAAGACAUGAGAAAGAAGUCAUUCGGCAGAACAGGAUAUUCAGAGAAAAACAGUAUGAAGAAAGACGAAUGAAGGACUUCCUGGAUGCUCUUGACCGAGAAGCUGAAAUGGCAAGGCUAGCUAAGGUGGAGUAUAUGGAGCAGACUAAAAAGGAUAAAGAACUUCAUGACCAGAUAUCUGCUGAAAGAGCUGAGGCCAAGUAUAGGAAACAUUAUGAUUCCUGCAUGGAGGUUUUACUGCAAAUUGUUGAUUUCUCUUGCAAAGUAGGAGAGUACAGGGAAUUGACAGAUAAAUUAUUACCUGAAAAAUUGAUGCGAGAUUGGACACUGCUAUUCAGAGAAGGAAAUCCUAUAUAUGAAGAAACAGAUGAAGAAAAAAUAGAAGAAGUUAGUGAAGAGGAACAAAAACUUGAAAAAGAGCGACAACUGCUAUUAAACGAGGGAGACUUUUUAGAAUACAAAAACCUUGUUGGCGAGUGGGAACCACCUGAUGAGUGUGAAGUCAAAGAACCACCUGCAAACAACGCCAUACUUGGUCAUAUUGUUAAAAGAUUAUUUGAUAUUGUUCAUCCUCCAUCGCCUCCUCCACCUGCUCCAGAAUUUGCAUCAUUUCCGAUCAAAGCUUGCUUCUUGGGGAAACUUUUCAGUGGAAAAACGACAGCGUUGCAUAAAAUGGCUAAUGAAAAUGGCAUACAUGUACUGAACAUCGAUAAACUUGUUCCUGAGGCCAUCGAUGCUCACAAAAAUGGUGAAGUUUUGGAUUUACCUGAUCCUAAUGCACCUGUCGAAACAGAAGAGGUUAACCCUGAUGCGCAGCUGGUUGACGGAUCUUCUGGACAAGAAAUUAAUGUUAUCCCCCCAACUCCCAGUGCUGCCGACGGGCAGCUACUGCUUCAAGACCAAGAACCAACAACAGUACAGGAAGACAGUAAUAAACUACAAGAGGAGAAAGUAAAAGAAACAGAGAAAUCAGAUGCAGAAAAAAAAGAAACCGGAAGCCAAGAGGGGCUUGUGACAGAGGAAGCCAAGGAAGGUAGUGAAAAUCAGACCGCUCCAAGUACCCCAGCAUCACCCGCUAAAUCAGGCAAGAAAACUCCUAAGAAAAAAGGCCCUCCUAAGCCAGAGUUUACUCCUAGAGCUAAGCUAGGGAAGAAAGCCAACACGUUCCUUCGUAAGGGGCAGCCAAUCAAAGACGAACUUAUGGUAGAUAUCAUGGUUGAAGCUGUAAGGCGUGUCCCAGAAGGAACAGGUUGGAUCAUGGAUGGUUUCCCUGCAACCAUCACCCAAGCUAAGCUAUUAGAGAAAGCUCUGAGUGGCUACGAUGCCAGCACUCGACCGUCUAGGUCUCAGACAAAGAAGAGUAGAUUAGCACAGGAUCCUCAUCCUGCUAAGGAACCACCACCACCAACCAGUGCAAUCGACGUUGUGGUGCUGUUUGACAUACCAGAUGAAAUUGCUCUGAGAAGAGCCUCUGGACGAACAUACUCUGUGCAAACUGAAGAGGAAUUCCAGCAAGAGUUCAAUCCACCACCAGAGGGCAGUAUAACAGGUAUCGGAAAACAAGAGAAAGUCAUGGCGGUGAAAGAUCCGGCUCAUGAUCAGGAGCAAGUGCAACACAGAAUCACUGGGUUUUUAGAUUCUUGGAAAAAACUUGAAAAAUGGUUCAAUGGUUUUGGUUCUUUAGUGAAAAUUGAUGCAAACCAAGCACGAGAGGAUGUUUAUAGUUCAGCCGCCCAGGCUUUGAAGGACUUCUUUGAAAAGAGAGAGGCUGCCAAGGAAGAAGAAGAGAGGAAGAUAAUAGAGGCAGAGGCUGCAGCAGCUGCUGCUAAAGCAGAAGCAGAGAAAGCAAGUACAGCAGCUACAUCUGAGUUGCCAACAGACGGGCAAGACUCCCUUGCACCCCAGGCUUCAGAGUCUCAGGUGUUGAGUGAAACCGACAAAAGACCAGGUUCUAAGAAAGGAUCCAGAGGAGGAUCUCCCAAGAGAGGAGGCUCUGCUAAACGAGGCGGCUCACCGAAACGAGGUGGUUCUCCAAAAAGAACUGGUUCACCUAAACGGGAGGCAUCACCCAAAGGAAGCGCCAAGGGCAAACGUGGUGGCAGUGCCAGUCCUAAAAGAGGGGGGAGUCCAAAAAGAGGAGGUUCAGCAGAUAGGAAAGGCAAAGACAAAAACACAGGAGCUAAGUCACGUUCACCAAAGCGGGGCAAGUCUCAAUCGCCGAAGCGAGGAAAGGGCUCAGGGAGAAAGUCAAAAACUCCUGAGCCUGAACCUGAACCUGAGCCUCAGGAACCACAGGGUCCACCACCACCGCUACCUGGAUCAGAAGACUGGGAGUAUGUGAAUGAAGCACUUGCUGAUGAGCUUGCUAAAAUCUUAGCUGAUCACUGGGACACAGUGGAGAACACAUACGUGGAUGGAUGCAAACAUGUAUUCCACAAGGUGCGAGAUGAAAGAGAAAACAUCUACCGAUACUUCCACAAGAUUCGCAACAAUUACAUAGAAUAUCUGAAACGACCUGACAGCAAGCAAGAAUUUGUAACACAAUGGCAGAAAGAUUACAAUGAGAUACCGGAUGAUAUGCGAGACGACGAGGAAACCAAAAUGGAGCUGCAUAUGAGAAUUGAUGAUUUGAAAGAUCGAUUAUGGGAUAUAUGUGACAAGCGAAAAGAAGAAGCUGAAACUGAACGCACCAAUGUAAUGGAAGAAGGUUGGUUAGAAGAUAGGAUGGGGUUGCUGACAAAUCAUUAUGUUACAUUGAUACAGGCGGAAGUUGACAGAUACCAAGACACAUUACGAUUGUUGAAAGAUUACUACACCGGUAUGGAAGGGAAGAUACCGGACGAAUUGAAUGAGGAAUACGUUCGAAUACCAUUGAUUGAACUUCCAGCUACUGAGAGACCGGAGUCGGUCGCAAAGAGUGUGACAAGCGAGUCUGAGGUACCAGGGCCACCACUGACUCCAUCACAGACUUCUGCCUCUGCUAAAGGGAAGAAAGGAAAAGAUGAUAAAGAUGAUGGAAAAGAUGAUGAUGAAGAGGAUAAAAAACCAAGGAUUCCUCUGGUUCCUCGUCGCCCAACUUCCUCAGAAGGAUUCUUUCCUCUUCAAGCAUCAGCUGGUAAAGGGGAUAAAGGGAAUAAAAAUCGCGCUCCAAAAAAACAAGACAAGGAUAAAGCAGGGAUGUCUGAUGAGUCUCAAGAAACUCCUCAGCCACCCAGUGAUCCUGAUGAAAGGAUUCUGUUUGAGGUUCACCAGUUUUCUGUCUUCAAAAUCAGUGAAAUGGCUGCUGCUGAGCAAGCUGCUAAGGAUGCUGAGGAAGAAGCUGAGAGACUGAAAGAACUAGAGAAGGAGAAAGAAAAAGAAAAAGCUGCUGCUACUGCCAAGAAAGGCGGUGGUGGCAAGCGUGGCAAGAGCCCUGCCGGGAAAAGAGGAAAGAGUUCCUCUCCAAGGGCAAGAUCUAAAUCUCCCAAGUCACCAAAGAAGGGGAAACGAGCACCAUCUGCAGAACCAGCUCCAACUCCCCCACCGGAAGAAAGCCCUGAAGAGAAAGCGAAGAAGGAACUGAAAGAGAAAAUGAAGCAAGAAUAUUUUGCUGCAAUCGCUGAAGAAGAAUCGGCUGUGAAAGUGCGUCUUGAUGUGAUUCGCGUACACGGCAUUGAUGUGCUACAAAACUUAAAGGGCAAAGCAGAGAGUGUCUAUACCAGUAUGAAUGAUUGGUUGGGUGCUAGAUUCAAUUCUGAGCAUAAGAGUAUUGAAGACAUGUGUGUCAUUGCACGUGAAGCUGUAGAAGCCAAACAAAAGAUGAAAUCUGAAUUGAUAAUCAAACAAGAAGAUUUUAUUAUUGAUGAGAACAUACGUGUAUUACGAACACCUAGUCCACCACCAAGACCACCUCCGAUGGAAGAUGCGACGUCUGAUGUAUUCACUGUGGACCAAAUAAAGAAUUUGAGAAAGCAGUUCUUGAAAACAGCGCCCUCUGGGUUCAUUUCAAACAAAGGAUUCAUCGAUACCAUGUCUGAUUUGACAGCAUUAACACACGGUAUGGAGUCCCUUCCUGAUAUGUGGAUGCAUGCUUCACCAUCACAGCUGGAGCAGGUUGGAUCGCAUUUGUCACCAGACUCAGAAUACAUAGAUUUCAGAACGUUCCUGUUGCAAUGCACACAUCCAUGGCCACAGCCAACUCAAGCUCAGCUGCUGGAAACGCUGGAGAAAUUCAGAGCUGUUGAUACCUCGGGUGAAGGCAAAGUUACAAGAGAACAAUUUGAAGAAGUGGAACUAUGGUUUGGUGCGGAUGAACGACUUCCAUCACCUGAAGGUCCAUCUGAGCCAUAUCCUUAUACUAGAGCAGCUAAUAUUAGUCGUUUGUUGUUUGAUAUCUUCGCUGAUAACAACUCCUCACCACUAAUGUUAGACUAUUUAGAAAUGUUGUUGUACUAUGCCAUUGACCCUGAUUACCAGAUUGGUUUCUACCGAGCACUGAGCAUUGCGUCCGGCACUCACAUGCCAAGACCAAAGAAAGAUGAACCAGAACCAGAACUGGACCAGUCACAGAAUGAGAAACUAGAACAUAUGAAAGAGGUUGUCGAUGAAAUUGUAGGUGAAGCUGGCGAGGUUUCUAAACCGGAAAAUUUGAUCAGUGAAGAAGCACCUGCACCACAGCCUUCAGAAGAAAUACCUGAGUCAGCCAGUAUGAGUAAAGUUCCACUUGAUGCUUUGUACCGGGUAUUACAUCAUGGACAGCCUCGACUAGGUGAUAGCCAUCGCUUUAGCAUAUCCUCUGAUCCUCAAGAUACUUUCUCUCGAGAGCGUUUAGCAGGUGUAUAUCAAGACUUGGGAAAUGAGACUCUGGAACCAGUGUUGUUUACCACAUUAAUAGAACACCCUAUCAUCCAAGAUUGCUUACAGAUGUGUAAGAGAUAUCAAGCACCUGAUCUGAAGUCAGUCUUUACCAUUGGCAGUGCAGCACCGACCGCUGAUAUUGACACGCAUAGUAUGAAAACAGCGAUUGAAUAGAUCAAUUUCAAUGUAUAGCAAUGGAUUUAACCAAUUUUGCUGUGUUCCGUCCAUGUAAAUUACGACGAUUUUUUAUCAGUACCGAACAUUCCAUCCAUCCACAGUGUGUAUAUUGUGUAUGGAUUUGUAUGUUAUAUGGUAUCUAUUCUGUUUUGUAAAUUUUAUCUUGAUUUUUUUUUAUCUGAAUAAAAAGUAUCCUCAGUGUUUAUUGUA